AUGAAUUAAAUAAUUGCAUGUAGAAAUUAUUCAAGCAAAGAAAGAUUAAAUACUUUAUAAAACAAUUUUUUUAUAUUUAGACCAAUUGAUAGGAAUACUGGAGAUUAUGAUAAAUAUGAAAGGGUUUAAUAAAAGGGUCUACUUGAAUUCAAUGUUAAUCUGAGUAUUGGUAAACAUUUUCUGAUUUGA